UGUCUUUUAUUAUUUCAGGAAUAAUCUCCGAGUAUCGUAUCACGACGAUCUUGUCGAGGAAUAGCACAUGGAAUAUUCCUUUCCAAGCGGAAAACGCAAAUGCCAUUUCUAUCCGACAGCCGCAUCCUCGACACCCUCGAGACACAUUUUACCUGACCGGAAAAACAUCAACUUCUUUCAAGUCUGGAAAUUUCAUUCGUUCCACUGAUGCGCAGUUACAAAAUCUUUUUUUUCUGUAAUCGAAGAUAAAUACUUGUUGUGAAUGGCACGUUACAGUUUGCAGAGUAUAUCUUUCCUUGUUCAUUUGCUUUAGAUAGGCUAUCUUGAGACUAAAAUCUUCUAAAAAUACAAAAACUAUAUUUUUAAUUUUAAAAAUAAAAUUUUCUGAGAGACUCGUACGCUUGCGUGUGUAUAUAUAUACGCGCGUGCGUGAAUAAUAUUUAAUAUGUUAUAUAUAGAUAUAUAUUUCUCUGAUAUACUAGACUCUAGCGGAAAGUUGCUCAUAUUUCUCUUAUAUAAAAAUAUCUUAUGCUAGAUCUACGUCUUUCAUACUUUUGUAUACGCGUGCCUUUGUGUAUCGGCUUUAUGUAAUAUCUAUUUGGCAGAUGGACUUUGAUUCGAUUACGUGAUUCCCCUAUCGCGCGAAUAUUUCACCAUAAUACUUUAGUACCAUAUCACGUAAAUGGGUUCGUUAUUUACGUGCAUUAUCCAAACAAUAGCACUCAAGAAUUUUCGUGCACGCAAUUUGCAACCAAAAAUUGCUCCCUUCGAUCGCUUACCUUAUUGUACUUUCAGGCUUUUAGUUGUGCAAUUAAGUGCAAAUUUAUUUCUCAGAUAUAUCGGACCUUGUCAAUUCAACAUGUGAGAGUAACCUAAUAUUAUUUGUAAGUAAUCUAUAAAACAAAAUACGUGAAUGCCACUAACAUUAUAUAUGAAACAGCAGAAAAAACACUCAAGAAAAAAAUUAAUCUUAACUAUGAAUUAUUUUUAAUAUACGACCUUUUUUACUAUGUAUACUCGCGUUUCUUGCAUCACAUGAUAAGAGAUAUCAAUAUCUAUAUAUUAAAAGGCUAUAUGAAAACUACAAUAUUAUUAAAGCUACAAUCUAAGAUUUACUUAGUAUCUCAUUGAAAAAUGUCUUCCGACGAGAAUUUUCAACGAUGGAUUGAAAAGAUCGUGUCGAAGAUUAUCAAAAAUCUCGGAUUAGACGUGGACAAAGCACGGUACGAGUUAUCCAAAAACGUGAAGUUUAUUACAUCCAAUCUGCAUUACAUAUGCGUAAAGUUUACAAGCAAAGUAAAGGGACAAAGUGAGGAACUUGCUAUGAUACUGAAGAGAUCCCUGCCGGAGAAGAUGGCUAGACAGAUGAUGCGCGUCGAUUCUCAGUUCCAUAACGAAAUCCUGUUUUAUAGUAUGUACGCUCGACCCGACGAAAACUUUGCAAGAUGCUUAUACGUAGACGAACAAUCGGCCGAUCUGGUGAUCGCGUUGGAGAACGUCAAUAAAAGGGGAUAUCAUCCUUGUCCAUACACAUACGAUGGUCCUUUGGAGUACAUCUUAGCGGCGAUCCGCGAAAUGGGACGAUUCCACGGCAAAGGAUACGUCAUGAAGGAGCAGCAACGAGAAAAAUUCUUCAACAUUGUAAAGCAGCUUCAAGAAAUUAGGUACGACAGUACGAUAGAUGCAUUCAAAUUUAUUGUCAACUUCAUCGCAACGCGAGCAAUUGAAUAUCUUCGUAAUCAAGGCCACGAUGCGAUCUUUUGCGAUAAAAUGGAAGUUGUAUUUUUGAAUGCGUUCGACGUAGUAAUGAUGAAAGUGGUGGAGCCAGUAGAACCCUUGUCCACGUUGUGUCACGGAGAUUUUACAUUAAGCAACAUUCUAUUUAAAAUAGAAGACGAUGGACAGCCACGAGCGAUGCUGAUCGACUUUGCGCAUUUGAGAUACUCGACUCCCGUUAUCGAUCUUUCCACGUUUCUCUGUCUCUGUUGUUCAAAUGAAAUUAGAAAAAAUAAGUUUUUCGAAAUCAUGCAGGCUUAUCAUGACGCAUUGAAGAAGUAUUUGCUGGAUGCUGGCAUACAGAAUAUUGAGAAGUACUCGUACGACGCUUUGUUGGACAAUUACAAGAUGGGUGGCCUGUUCGGUUUUAUUAUUGCAUCCUUUUUCUUACCGUCUUUAUCCUUUUUAGAAGAUAGCACAAAUGAAAUACGAACACUAACAGAUAUAGAGUUUGCAAAAAUUGUCAAGAAGAAAGGUGGAGACAAAAUAUCCAAAAUAUUAGCCGAUAUGUUGUUGCAAAUGAAAGACUUUGGUUGCUUAAAACACUUUUUAGUCGUCAACAUUGAUUCUCAGUUUCAUAACGAGAUUCUGUUCUAUCAUGCGUACGCCAGACCCGACGAAAACUUUCCAAGAUGCUUCUACGUCGACAAACAGCCGCCCACCAACUCGGUAAUCGCUCUAGAAAAUGUCAGUGAUCAAGGAUACUGUCCUUGUCCCUACGUGUAUGACGCUCCUUUGGAAUAUAUCUUAGCGGCGAUGCGUGAGUUAGGACGAUUCCACGGUAAAGGAUACGUUAUGAAGGAGCUGCAGCGGGAAGAAUUCUUCGAUAUUUUAAAGCGAUUGCAAGAAACCAAAUAUUACAAUAAUAUGAUAAAGGAAAUCAAGGACUUUUACAAUAAUAUCGCGAUGAGAGUAGUGUAUUAUCUUCGCAGUCAGAACUACGACACGGGAUUCUGCGAUAAAAUGGCAGAUUUAUUCUUGAACGCAUACGACAAAGUGCUCAUAAAAAUCCUGGAGCCCGUGGAACCUUUAUCCACGCUGUGUCACGGCGAUUUUACAUUAAGCAAUAAUCUUUUUAAGAUGGAAGACGAUGGACAGCUACGAGCGAUGCUGAUCGACUUCGCGGAUUUAAGAUACGCAACACCCGUCGUUGAUCUUUCAAUAUUUUUCUGCACAUUCUGUUCGAAUGAAUUGAUAAAGAAUAAAUUUUUCGAGAUCAUGCGAGCGUAUCAUGAUACACUCAAGGAAUAUCUGUCAGACGCUGGCCAAGCUCGCUCUGUGUUGCUCGUUCAAUAUCGCAUCCAUAGUCGGACACGACGAUUAUUGUAUACAAGUUGUAGAGAGUGUAGAGAUAAAAUGUCUUGUAUCGAAGAUUUUCGAAGAUGGAUCAAAGAAGUGAUGCCGAAAGUUAUCGAAAAUCUCGGAUCGAACGUCGAGGAAGCUCAAUACGAGCUAUCGGAAAUCAACGAUGUUUUUAUGUCCGCGUUACAUUAUGUGCGCGUAAAAUUUAAAAAUAGAACGAAGGAAGGCCAGAGCGAGAAAGUAUUCAUAGUAUUAAAGAGACCCACGCAGAUGGAAGUACACAGACAGAUGGUUCUCAUCGAUCCUCAGUUCCACAACGAGAUUUUAUUCUAUCGGAUUUACGCCAGGCCCGACGAGAACUAUCCGAGAUGCUUUUACACCGAGGAACGGCCGCCUAACGAUUCGGUGAUCGCCUUGGAGAAUGUCAGCAAACGAGGAUAUUGUCCUUGUCCGUAUGUAUACAACGCUUCUCUGGAAUACAUCUUGGCGGCAAUGCGUGAAAUAGCACGAUUCCACGGCAAAGGUUACGUCAUGAAGGAGCAGCAACGAGGAAAGUUCUUCGAUAUCGUAGCGCAACUUCAAGAAACUAGGUACAACACGCCAAUGGAUGACAUGUCAAGAAUUUUUAUCAACACUAUCGCGACCCGGGCAGUGGAUUAUCUUCGUAAUCAAGGAUACGACGCGGUCUUUUGUGAUAAAAUGGAAGCUUUACUCGCUAAUGCGUUCGACACAAUAAUGACGAAAAUAGCAAAGCCAAUGGAACCUUUGGCUACGCUGUGUCACGGUGAUUUUACAUUGAGCAAUAAUCUUUUUAAGAUGGAAGAUGACGGACAGCCACGAGCGAUGCUGAUCGACUUCGCGCUUUUGAGAUACUCGACUCCCGUCGUCGAUCUUUCCACGUUUUUCUGUCUCGGUUGUUCGAAUGAGAUUAGAAAGGAUAAGUUUUUCGAGAUCAUACGAGCCUAUCACGACACGCUGAAGAAAUAUUUGCUGGACGCUGGCAUACAGGACAUCGAGAAAUAUUCGUAUGAUGCUUUGCUGGAGGAUUAUAAGAGAGGCGUCCUCUUCGGUUUCGUUAUCGCAUCCUACUUUUUAGCGAAUUUGAUGGGAUAUAUCGAUAUGAAAACAUAUCAACAUGAAGAAAUGGGAUUUAUGGACAUAAUAACCAAACAUAUAAAGGAUUGCAAGCAAGCCGGCGGAGAAAAAGUAUCCAAAAUAUUAGCUGAUAUGUUAUUGGAGUUUAGAGAGUUUGGUUUUUUGGAACAUAUCUAAUAAAUGUGUUUUUUAUAAUUUUUUAUAAUAAUGUAUAUAUCUAUAUCUAUUAGUGGGUAUGAUGUAUGCGAAACAUUUUUAAAUAAUUAAUUGUGCAUCACAGGAGCAUACAUAAUAUAAGUAUAAAAGAACUAUAGGUUACAAGCAUACACAAAGAUAAAUAGAGACUAUAUUAAUAUUAUUUUAUAAAAUCAUGUGCCGUAAUUUAAAUAAUUAAUAAUUUAAAUGAAUAAUUUAGAUAAUUUUUAGAUCGCAAUUAUAAAAAAAAGUAUUUAAAUUUCAUUAUCAAUUGAUCUUAAUUAGAUCAGAAAAUUUUAAAUAAUUAUUUCUACGCACUUGAGCGUAACUUUUAUCAGAUAGAUUGUAAAAUGAAUCGAUUGAAAAUUGUUGCGUACAGUUCGUGAAUUUUGCAAAACGAGUAUAUGCGUAAAUAUCGCGGAAAUGAGACAGCGUGGAUAUAAAAACCGGAUUAAAAUCGGAGUCCGUUUAUACAUAUAUAUAUAUAUAUAUACAUGCGACACUAAAAAUAGGUGCGGUAUUACGGGGAUACUCCGGUACACAUUGGGGGUGAAAUUAUUCUUUCGCCUGCACAAGUCCGGAUCUGCCUUUCAAAUAAAGAAGCGCCCCGCAUAACCGCUAGAGAAUAACUUUGUCAUUUCCAUAUAUUUUUCCAAGCUAGCUGCGGCGUUUAUCACAAAAUUCACUUAUGCCCGCGCAUUAUCUCAGGUUCGCGUACAGUCGAAUUUCCUUCAAUAAUAAAGUAUUUCCGUAAUAUAGAAAAGUAUUAAGCACGCGACAGAGAAACAACAUAUCACAAGUUACAGUAUCAUAAGGUGAAUUUAUUCGUAAUAACUCGCGUAAUACUGCUUCUAUAUACAUAUGUGUAAAUACUCUCUCUCUCUUUCCAUUUCUAUUCAGAUUUUAAAAAAAUAUUUUUUGUUAAAACUAAAAAAUAUAGAUGUAUACAUAUAUACAUGUAAUAGAGAGAAAUUCAUUUGUGAAGAGAAAAUUCAUUUUAUACGUUAUCAGAUUUAUCAUGAAAUUUUUAUGAUAACAUUGUAGAGAGUUGCAUAAUAUUUUUAUUAUAAGAAAAAAAUUCUACAAGUGUGAUUGUGCAAAUACGAGAUUUGAUGAGUCAUUUAUACUUUGCGCUAUUACGCAAUAUUGCUCAAUAAAAUUCCAGUAUUCUAGAAAUGUUUCGAGAAAACUAAUGUAUACUAAUGAAAAACAAAAUAAUAAUAAAUAAUGAAUAAUAAAUAUAUAAUUUAUAUGCUAACAAUAUAGGAUUAUUCCUACAAAUCUUUUCCAUAUCAAUACAUAACAUUAGUUUAUAAGUCUAUUCUUCAUUUAUUAAAAUUCAUGCUUCUAGAAGAACGAAAAAACCACUGUCUAAGUAAAUGAUUUAAAUGUAAGAUUAAUAUACGUACAUAUAUGAUCAAAAGUUUUAUCUUGAUUAUAAAUUUACAUCUUUAAUGCGUUGUACUUUUUAGCACUGAUAAACCGUAAAAACUGUUUAUUAAUCUGCUGCCGUAACCACAUGAUGUGACAGAAUUUUAUCUUUGUAUUCGUACCAUAUAUACAUUUAUGGAACAAGGUUAUUGGUUAAACUGGUCAUAAUGAUUAAAGUAGUUAAUCUAAUCUCUGGAAAUCUUGCUUGUAUCAAGUACAUAAUGACACGACAUCUAAAAGAGCUCUUAUAUAACACAUAGUACUUUACACACACGUUAUGUAAUUCUUUAGAAUGACGAUUUUCUUGCAGUGUACCACUACAUUUGUGCAACACAU